AUGAUAAAUUAACAUAGUUAACAAUAAUUGAUAGUUAUAAUGUAAUAUAGGAUAUUUUUUGAAGAAUAAUAACAAAAUAUUAAUCUUUUGAUUUUAGAUACUUCUGUGUUCCAUAUAAAAUUAAAAAAAUUUAAUAUAUUAGAUUAUAAAUAGAAGAUGACAGAUUCCGAAAUGUAGGAUAUGCUGAUAUGCAAGCCUAGGUAGGAAUGUGAGUUAUUUAGGUUUCUAGAAAAAGGACCUGAUAUCCAGACUAAACUCUAAAUGAGUAUAAAUUAUGCUGAAUAAGACUAAAAGAUAGAGAGACCAGCUCCAAGUGUAUAUGAAAAGUAUGCAGAAAUGCAAGAAUACUUUUGUCCUUUGGAUUAAUUAGAAAGACUUUUGAAAACUAAUUUUGGUAUUGGACUUUCUAGUGAAGAAGCAUCUAAAAGAUAAUAAUCAAAAUCAAUUGAUGUAAGUGAUUGGAAAAUGUUUAUAAAAGAAUUAAAUUUAUUUGCAUUUGAUCUAAUUAUUGCAACAAUGAUUUCAAUUAGUCUAGCAAUAUAUGGAAGUUAAAAUAAUCUUGAAUUUAGUGGAGAAGAAAUAAUUACAUCUUGUUUAUUAUUAAUAGUAAUAACAAUUACUUUUGUAAUGGGAUAUCAAUAAAGAAAGAAAUCUUAAUAUGCUAUAGAGAAAGAUAAUGAAUAAAUCAUCACUGUAUACAGAGAUGGAAAAAUGUAGCAUCUUUAGGUUUAGAAUCUAGUAUCAGGAGAUAUUUGUGUGAUUAAAGAAGGUUUAGUAAUCUAUUGUGAUAUGAGAGUAUUGGAAUCUUCUGAUUUAUAAAUAUAAAUGAAUCAGGAUAUAACUUAAGCAAUAAAAGGUUCAUAGAUAUUUUGUGGAUCAUUAAUAAGAAGUGGAUUUGGUAAAGCUGUGGUAAUUAAGACUGGAUCAAGUACUACAAUUGCAUAGAUUCAAAAGAGAUAAGGGAGUAAGUUAUUGUAGAAAUAAUUAAUUUUAUUCUAAUAAAUAAUGACAUUAAUAGCAUUAUUUGUUAUAAUAUUAGUAAUAAUUUGGAGUAGUGUUAUGUCUGAAAUUGAUACUUCUAAUGUAUUUGCAUAUGGAUUUAGAGUAGUUGAGUAAGUGAUUAUAGCAAUUGUACCAGUAGGAUUAUUAGUAAUAGUUACGAUAUCAUUUUAAAUGGCAAUAAGGAGAUUGGCUAAACUUAGAUUUUUAAUUAAGGAUGCUGAAAGUAUUGAGAGAUUAAGUGAAAUCAAUUGUUUAUGUAUUGGAUUAAAUGAAGUAAUUACUAGUAAGAAUUACACAUUCAAUUCUUUUAAUGAUUGUAAAUAAUUAUUAUAUGAAUGUCGUAAAUACAAUUCUAUACAUCUAUAUUAUUGUGCAAUAUUAACUUGUAAUCAUACAAAUUUAGAUGGAACAGAAAAGAGUAUUAUUGAUUGUUUUAAAGAUGAUGAUACAGAUAGUUUAAUUAAAAAUACUAAAUAUUAUGUAAAUGGAAUUUAAUAUCAUUUGCCAUUUAAUAGUAGUAAGAAAUAUUCAUUAUCAAUUGUGGAAUAGGGAUAAAAAUAUUUUGUAUAUAUUAAAGGAGCACCUGAAGUAAUAUGGAAUUAUUGUAAUAAGACAUUAUUUGAUAAAAUUGAUAUUAAAUAAACUUAGUUAUUUAAUGAAUAAUUAGUUAAUCAAUGUUCAAAAGGACUUAGAAGUAUAGGAUUUGCUUUUUUAGAAAUUGAAAAUGAAGAAGAUUUGAAAAUUAAUGAAAAUGAUUAUGAAUUCAACAAAUAAAACUUUGUUUAUUUAGGCACUUUAUAUUUAAAUAAUAGUCUUAAUGAAUAAACUAUUCCAAUUCUAGAAAAAUUAUAAUCAUAAAAUAUUAAAUUAGUUAUUAUUACUGGAGAACAUCCAGAAACUGCAAGAAUUAUUUGUAAAAAUACAGGAUAUUAUAAUAAUCCAACUAUUAUAGAAGGACAUUAAUUAUAUUUACAUGUUGAUGAUCAAUAAGAAGUCACAAGAUUAAGUUCUGUUGAAAACAAAUUAGGAAAUUGGUGUUCUUAAUAAGAAAUAGUAUUUGCUAGAACAUCACCAGAAUAAAAAUUAAGUAUUGUAAAAGCAUUAUAAUAAUUGAAUUAUAAAGUUGCUAUUACUGGAGAAGGAUUAACUGAUUUAGGAGCAUUUAGAUAAGCUGAUAUAAGUAUAAGUAAAAAACAUGGAUCAUAGUAAAUGAUUAUAAAUUCUAGUGAUCUAGUACUUACUUCUAGUAAAUAAACAUUUCUUGAUAGUUAUUAAGCAAUCUUAGAAUCAAAAAGAGCUGUCAAUAAUGUUAUUAAAUCUAUUAUGCUUUGCUUAUCUUCAAAUACAGCUAUGAUCUUGGCUUUAUUUGUCUAUUGUUUUCUUGGAACUCCUUUACCUUUCUCACAAAAUCUUAUGUUAUUGACUAGUAUUUCUGUUGAUUUGAUUCUUGGAAUCAGUUUAGCUAGAGAAGAAUUAGAAUAUAGAAUUCCCAAUAGAACUAAUCUCUUCCUCUUUGCUAUUUUGAUUAUUGGUUGUAUUGAGGCAGGUGGAGGUUUAAUGGCAAGUUUCAGUGCUUAUCGUUAUUUUGGUUUUAAUUUAUAAAAUCUUUAUUUUACAAGAUUCGCUAGGGUUUAUCCUGUUGGUAAUUAAGAUAUUUAUAAUCCAUUGAGUAAUACAUUAGGUAAUUCUAAUUUAAUUGAUAAUUGUUUAUAUAAUGGUGAAAUGUAAAAUUAUUAAUGGAGUUCUCCUAAUAAUACUAUUGAUUAGAGAUUAAUAUUUGUAAAAUGUGGUGAUUGUUCUGAAUUGUAAAUUUAAAAUGGUUAUUUAACUGAUUGUUGGAAUACUAAAUAUGAAUACCCUAAUUGUUUAAGUAAUUUGUAAUACUGUUAUACAGCCUAAGCAAGUGAUUAUGCAUCUACAUCUUUUUAUAUUGUCUUAGUAUUAUCAUAAUGGUAUAAAUAAUUACAUAAAAUAGUAUCAAUUACUUUGCAUUAAGAACUUUAAUUAAAUCUUAUAAUUCUACUAGAAUGAAUACUUUAGCUAUAUAUGGAUUAACGAUAUCAUUAAUUAUAUUACCAAUAAUUGUGUAUGUUCCAGGAAUAUAAUGGGUAUUUUAGACAGUUAAUAUGCCUUGGGAAUUAUUAGGUUCAGCAGGCCUUCCAUUUUGUUUGCUUUUAUUAGCUAUAGCUGAAAUAAUAAAAUGGUUACUAAGAACAUAUGUUGGAUUUUAAAUAUUAUGA